AUGUGGAGUUACGUGGGGGCGGUGGCCGGACGCCUGACCCUGGCGUUCAGGACGGACCGGCAGAGGCUUCAGCGGUUUUGCGGCAAACCCGAGGGCGACAAAUCCCCGCAGGGAGAAGGCUCGGUGACGCCGGCCAGAGCCCAGGCUGAAGGACGUCCAGCUUUCAAAUUGCCAGGAUACAAACCCUCCAGUUUUGAUAAAAAGAUGUUGGUGUGGAGUGGUCGAUUCAAACGAGAAGCGGAUAUACCAGCUGCGGUUUCAUUUGAGAUGAUUGAUGCUGCAAGGAAUAAAAUGAGAGUGAAAGCGAGUUAUAUUAUGGUGGUCGUGACGGUUGUAGCCUGUAUUGGGACAAUCAUCUCUGGGAAGAAGGCUGCAAAUAGACAUGAAUCUUUGACAUCCAUCAACAUGGCAAAAAAAGCCAGAUGGAAAGAGGAGAAGCAGCAGGAAGCAGAGGAUGCCAAAAGACCAUGAUUCAAUGUGGACUGAAACUUUCGAUGAUAACCAGUUUGAUACUUUUUUUUGCUGUAUUAACACAACAUACAUAGUAGGACAACAAAAUACUGUGCCCUCAAGUUAGUGUUUUCUCCUAAUUUAAUUUGGACUAACUAACAAGACUGGUUACAAAGUGAAAAUAAUUGUAGCUACAAACUUAGAAUUACUACCCCAUCUAUUUUCCUUGUAUUUGAAUAAUUAACAUGGAAGAGUCAUGUGUGGUACAGUUAUAGCAUCACAACAGCCAGAUUCUGCACAUGAUCACAGUUCUGAAAAGGAAGUAAUUGCAAUUAGUAAAGUGCUAUGCCCUGUAUUUGCUAGUUAUCUUUUAUGUAUCUUUCCUUGGGUUUUACAACGUAGCUAAAGUUACUAAUUAGUGUGUCUGUUGUUUAUUUCUGCUUUAACAUUUUUCUGGAUCAGAAAAUAAAACUGACAUUUCACCUGUUAAUUAGUAAUCUUAUUCCCUUCAAAUGGUUUAACAUUGUGGAAAUAAUUUGCUACAUUUAGUCUUAGAGCUGUUGUCUGUUCAAGAAACUAUUUUCACUCGCCUGACUCCCUUGACAAGUGCAAGAGACCUAGUGUUAGAGUUGCUGUGCUUUGUUGGAGUGAUUAGCCCUUGGAUCUCAGUGUGAUCUCUUUUUCAUCCUAGUUGAUGGGAAUGCAUAUGCUUAUGGAGUAUGAAACUUGAAAUGAAUUAUUGGGUUGAAAAGGAUUUAUCACAUUGUUGGAACUGGAAUGUUAAAAGGUUAAAGGAAAUUGAUUUACUUGCUGCUCUUUCUUUAAGAAUGUGACUUCAGAAGCUUUUAUGAGUAAAGAGUUGUAUUGCUUUAAUGUUGAAAAUAGACCUGGACAACCCUAAUGGAUCUGCCUAACUAUUGCCAUCACCUUGCAACAGACCUUGGACUGAAGUAGUUUCUUUUUCCAGUUGACACUCAGGCUCUUGUUCAGUACAAGUCACAGCUUGAAGCUAAGAGUAGUGAAGUAGUUAAGAAACCUGAGUUUCAGGACAAUAUUUCUCAGAUGAAUCUGCAACUUUUUCCAAAGAUUUUCCACUAAUCUACAAUGGUCAGCAAUCAGAUCUUAUUGAUAGGAAAUCAGAGGAAUUGAGGUCAAACUGUCAAUCUGCCAUGACCCACAGUGGUAUGCAGUGUUUCCAUUUUAUCUUAAGUGCAUAUGUUAGAGAUUAAGGGAUUACAAUUUAACUUGCAUGGUAGAUUUUGUUGCUAAACUGUUUGCAAUUUGACUAAUUUUGCCUGUAAUAAACAUCUUGGAUAUUUAUGAACAGGCUUGCUCAAAGUCUGGUUUUUGUUAACAGUAAUAACAAACAAUUUGGCCCCUGAAUAAGACAAUUCAUUGAGUCUGGUAGAAAGUGUGCACUGGAAGGCUCCAGUGCUCAAUGUUGAUUUUAAUAAAAAAAAAAUUGCAUUAUA